AUGUUGCCUCCUCGAAGCGCUAUCGGUCGAAUACCAAGUCAUAUACGACCGACUCAUCUGCCUCGGAUCUCCGGUCCCAACGUACAUCUCCGACCAUUCACCAAUCGCACACGCCUACUUCUUCUUUCUCCGGCGCCGGGUCGCCCUCAACUGCCCUUCCUAUCACCUCUUGCGCCGACCCGUCCACUACCACCGCUAUCAAUCCAUCUCCGCCAGCACUUUGGUCGCUUGAUAUCUACCGAGAGCCGCGAGCAUUACAAGCGAAGGGUAUCACGAGGUGUUAAGAUCGGCUUAUCGGUGUCUGCCAUCCUUGUCUUGUUCUCUGCGAUACAGCUCGGCAUCUACCAAGAAGACAUCGAGCAUUCAUGGCCCACUCCACCAGAAUGGUCCUGGAAAAGCCGCUGGUGUCUGCGAUCCGCACAAGCACUGCAGAACCCUGAGCAGAUCGGCAAGCUGAUGACGAAUUGGCCCAUGGUCGCUGGAUAUCUUCGUGAGCUGCUGGAGCGCCUGGAGGACUUAGAUGGAGAAGGAAAGGGUCUUUUGGAACAAGAUGACGGUGGAUUUCUGGUCGAAGGUGUCGGCCGCACUGGGUUCGAUGUCUCCGCAAAGAGUGAGCCUUGGCGCCGCGGAUAUUUCCAGGCCCUGAUGGGUGCUGCCAAGGCUGCUGAGAACCUGGACGGCUGGUUAACAGAUCGCAAGCAGAAGAUAUCUGCGCCUGCGGAAUACGUUGUUGGACCCUCAAAUCCUCGACCAAAACCCAUGCCCGCUGGCCAAAAGAAGGUCCCACGGGAAGAGGACUGUGAGCAGGCGUCUCCGUCUCCGGAGCGCUUUUACAUGAAGGUUUUGACAACAAAAGGCUUUGACACAAGGCAGAGACUCGAUGCUGCCUUGGCCUAUGCUGAUUGGCUUGAUUUCAAAGGCUUGGGCGUUACGGCGGGUGACAUGUACAAGUGGGCCUUGGACAUUGCUGCCAGUGGGCUGGAAGGAGAUGCUAGCAAGAUUGUGGAUUUGAAGAACGGCCUCUUGAAGAGUAACAGCGGGGACCUGCCUUCAGAGAACAUCCUCCGUGUCUGCACGGCCCUCGCCGUCCACAAUGCUCGUCAAGCCGAUCUUCCAACGGCUUUGUCACUCUUCACAUCUGUUCUUAAAGCCCGACGCAGCCUACCUCUCUCAUCAGGCCCUGACACAAUCCCCUCUUUUCCGACUCCGCCUAAAUCUAACAAUGACCCAUUCGCUUCCCUCUUCAAAUCGCUCAAAAAUGUCCUCAUUCCUGUGGAGUACCCAGCACCCCUCCCGUCAGGCAACGAACCCCCACGCCGCACCACGGCAUCCGCCUGUGAAGAAGCAGGAUUGAUGACCUACAUCGGCGAGAUAUUGUACGCCUCCUCGUCGAAGGAGGCCGGCCUAGCCUGGACGCGCGAUGCAGUCGACAUGGCCGAGUCCACGAUGCUCGACCUCGGCAAUUCAGCCGACCGCAAUGCCCGAACCCGCUGCGCACAGUUGGGCUGGAGAAUUGGAAAACUACUGGUCUCUUCUCUUGUUACCCGUGCUCGACGAGAGGAGCAGGAGAGCAGGGAUCGGGCCAAGAGUGCUUGGUUUGGCGGCGAGCGCCGUGCAGAGGCCAAGCAUCUUGAUCGUCGACGUUGGGAGGCUGAAGAUGCUAUUCUAGAGGACCGGAUUCGUCGCCUCUUUCCUCUCCUUGAGGGUGAGUCUGGGCUGGAUCUCCUCGCUCCAAAUAGCUCUUUGUUUGUGUAG